AUGGCAAGAACUCGUCGAGCACCUGUUCGAACCGAAGCAGAAAUCACCCGUGAUGCAAUUGCUGAGCUUCAAGCCCAGAUGCAAACUAUCACCACCGCCCUUCAAAACCUCACCACCCACCGCAACGCUCCCCCACCCCCUGCUAACAACCCCGCCGAUGUUCACGCUAACGAAGCUGAUGGAGAAGACGACGGAGAUGAGAACCUUUUGGCUGAUAAUCCUUUUGCUCCUCUCCAUAAUCACCACCCAGUUGCUCAUAAUGCUGGUCUAGGAGUUGAUACAGGUUUCCAAUGGGAAACUGGAUUUAAAACAGAGCUUCCAGAAUUUCAUGGUAAUUCCUCCGCCGAAGAACUCCUCGACUGGAUUGUCACAGUUGAAGAAAUCCUAGAAUUCAAAAGAGCUCCGCUGGACCGUUGUACUCCUGUUCUCACCAUGCGAUUUCGCAACCGCGCGGCAGCAUGGUGGACACAAUUAAAAUCUACUCGUGCUCGCCAAGGGAAGCCUAAAAUCAUGUCAUGGGACAAGCUGAAAUCGAAGCUAAAAAAAAACAUUCCUACCAUAUAA